UUAUUUCUCAGCAUCUCAAACAUGGUUCUCAAUAAUGAACUACUAAUUAUAUUGCAGAAUGAGCAUUUUGAGAUUAGGAAAGGGAAGUCAGCUGAGGAAGGAAUAGACUGGAAUGAUUACAAAUCAAUGGUUUUCACUCGCGCUGUUGUUUUUGAGACAUUGAGAUUGGCCACAGUUGUUAAUGGUGUUUUGAGAAAAACAACUCAAGAUAUAGAAAUAAAAGGUGCUCCUAAAUCCUUGCAUAUAUGAUUAAACAUUACGUGUGGAUAGGCAGAUGUGGAUAGAUAAGAAUUUAGUGGUAUUGUGAUGGUAUUGUUAUGAUAUUCACUAUA